CGCUGCUACGACCACAGAGCGUACUCAGUUAAGACGCAUUUAAACGGCACUGGUAUUUCCCGGCACAUUAUCUGCCUAUAUGCACAUCUACCCGCCCGCAAAUUCAACCAGAAGAUAGCAAUAUAUAAGGUGGCCCCACAAUUCUGUAAACGUAUAGUUCGAAAUCGAACUGCAAGCACACAACAAUAUGGGAAAAAUAUUUGCAAUUAUUACACUGCUCGCCGGCGUCCUAUGCUUUACUAGAGCAUUGGAGGGCCAAGCUGGGGCUGUCCCGAACACAGUUGUGCAAACUGGAGCUGACGGCACAAUUAUCCAAAAUGGCAAAGGUGGCACCUAUCUUCAAGGCCCUGGGGGCACUAUUUUACACAAUAGCGCUGGAGGAACUAUAUUGCAGAAUGGAGCCGGCAGCAUUUAUACCCGUCCCGAUGGACGACGCGUUCUGGUGGGUUCCAAUGGCCAAACUCUUGUGACCAGACCAGACAGCGAUGAGGACUCAUCUGACAGUGGCGAAUAUGACAAAUGGAUUAGCGACAGUGGCGACAACCAGAAUGUAAUCAUCAAUGGUCAAAGCUAUGGAUCUGGCUCAGGGGGCAAUGUCCUUAUCGGGGGUCAAAAUGGUGUAUUCAUAAAUGGCGGCCAAACAGUGCGUGUGGUGAAUGGUGGUCUGCAGUUGACCGAAGGUGGACGCGAUUACGUCUUUAAGCCACGUGCGCCCGGCGUCACAGAGCAGGAACAGGUGGAAAUCAAUGGACACCCUGCUACAGUGUUCUAUGAACAGGGCGGUGUACGUGUGGAACGACAGGAUGGUACUGUUCUGGCCUACGGCAUUAAUGGCGAGGGUCUGUUUAUGGGCGACAAACAGGCUUACGCCAAACGCAAGGAAAUCUUAGCCGACAUACCGCGCCAGACCGCUCAGAUAGGGGAGGAGGUGCGCCGCUCGAUGGAAAAGCUUCAAGCCGAAUUGCAGCAGUCCUUGGGCAAUAUACGUCUAGGACCAUGGUUCUAAGAACCCAACGAUAUCUAUGUAAGCAUGUGCAUAGUACAGAAUCGAAUAAAGCACAUGCCAAUACAAUUAUA